AUGACCUGGGUAGAAGAGUGGGAGAAUGCUGGAAUAGCUUCCUUACGAAACCAAAAAGAAUAUAUAAAUAUUUUAUGCUAUAAAGUUGACUGUUGGGGCACUCGUGCAGUUGAAGCUAUUGAUUUAGUGUAUAAAGCUCAAGCUUCUAUUGGUAUAUUUACAGAAGUUGGAGAGUUCGGAAACACAUGUCGAUUACCACAUGUUCACACGUUCUAUCAAAAGGGUACUAACAAGAAUGGAGGAGUAUGCAUAAUAGUAGGGAAGCAUCUGAAAGCGACGCGCGUCGAGGUUAACAUUCCGAACGCGGUGAUUAUUGAUAUAGCAAGACUAUCGGAACCAGUACGUAUCAUUGGUAUUUACUGGUCCACUAGUCAACAGCGUAAUCUAGAUAAAAUUCAGUCGUAUGUAAUAGAAGGUAUCGUACUAUCAGGCGAUUUUAAUGCAACAGGUGAAGGAAUGGAAUAG